UAUCCUCUAUUUACAGAAUGUGUAUAACUGUAAAACAUAGCCGAAUGCUGCUGUUGUUACAGAAUUAUUUCAUCAUACGCUUUUGAAAUGCUGACUCCUGAUACAGUUUUGCUGAAUGAAAAAGGCUGUUACAUGUACAAAGUCAGAUGUAAGAUUUGAUACAGUUGAAGAAAGAAGAAUUUGUUGACAGAAAAAUACAUGCCAAACAGUGAGCAAAAGCAUUUUAUGAAGAAAAUACCCAAUUUUUUUUGUGAUACAGUACCAAUGAUGGAAUAUUUGUAUACUUAAUGGGAAUUGACAAAAUGGAGAUGAGGAGUUGAAAAUGUGCUUACAAUGAGAGAAAUGACAAAAACGAAAAGUAAUCAGAGGAUAAAAUACAACAGUUCAACUGAUUUUAUAAUGAUACAUGUAUGUUCACCAUAAUAAAUAGUCAAGCAUUAUGGGUGUGUGUAAUAGUUUCUAAAGUCAUAAAUGCCAGAAAAAGUGAUAAACAAGAAUCCAGACUGGAGAAAAUACAGUUUCUGUUAUAGCACAUUCAGCCACAUGAACUGUCAGAAGCACACAUGAGGUUAUAUACUGGAGUAAAUCGUUGUAGGUUUAAUUAUUGCAAUGGCACAUUCCACCAUAUUCACAAUUUGAAAUGACACAUGGAGAAACACACUUGAAUAAAUAUUUCCAAUGUAAUGAAUGCACUGGCACAUUAUUCCAUAGAGACAGCCUUAAGCAACACAUGAUGAUGCAUCCUGGGGAAAAAACUUUUUAUAUAAUAAUAAAUGUAAUAUCUGUGAUGUUACAACUGUAGAGCAAAUCCAAAGCAACACAUGAAGAUAUACAUACUGAAGUAAAACAUUUGAAAAAUAACAUAUGCGGUGUGACAAAUACAACUGAUCUCAAGAAAAACAUGAGUAAACAUACUGAAGAUACACAAAUCGAAUGUGAUGGCACAUUCAAUUGCAUAAGCAGUUUGAAGCAACACAAAAGGAAACACACUGUAGAAAAACCUUUUACAUGUAAUACAUGUGAGGGCAUAUUCAGUGAUGUAUAUACUCUAAAGCAACACAUGAGGAUACAUACCGGUGAGGACCGUUUUAAAUGUGAUGUUUGUGAGGGCACAUUCAAACACAUGAGCAGUUUUAAGCAACACAAGAGGAUUCAUACUGGUGAGAAACUAUUUAAAUGUAAUGUAUGUGAUGACACAUUCAACCGCAUAAGCAGUUUGAAACAACACAAGAGCAUACAUACUGGAGAGAAACCUUUUGAAUGUAAAAUCUGUAAGGGCACAUUCAGACAAAUGUCCACACUAAAGCAACACAUGUUUAUACAUACUGGAGAGAAACAUUUUAAAUGUAGUAUAUGUGAUGGCGCAUUUAACCGUAUGAGCACUCUGAUUCAACACAUGCGGCUACAUACCGGAGAAAAACCUUUUAAAUGUAGUGUAUGUGAUGAAACAUUCAACCGAAAGAGUACUUUGAAUCAACACCUGAGGAUACAUACUGGAGAGAAGCCUUUUAAAUGUAGUGUAUGUGAUGGCACAUUCAACAACUUAAGCACUCUUAAUCAACACAUGAGGACACAUACUGGAGAGAAACCUUUUAAAUGUAGUUUAUGUGAGAGCAUGUUCACCUGCAUGGGCAAUUUAAAGCAACAUAUGAAGAUACAUACUGGAGAGAAACUUUUUAAAUGUAGUGAAUGUGAUAGUACGUUCAACCGUAUGAGCAACUUGAAGCAACACAUGAAGACACAUACUGGAGAGAAACCUUUUCAAUGUAGUGUAUGUAAUGGCUCAUUCAGUCGAAUGUCUAUUUUAAAGCAACACAUUAGGGUACAUACCUGAGAGAAACCGUUUUUAAUGUAGUGUAUGUGAUGGCACAUUCAGACGAAUUUCUGUUCUAAAGAACCACAUGAGGAUACAUACUGGAGAGAACACUUUUUCAAUGUUACUGUGUAAUUGUGAUGGUGUAUGUGAUGGCACAUUCAGACGAAUUAUAAUUUCUAUUCUAAAGCAAUACAUGAGGAUACAUACUUGAGAGAAAACCUUUUCAUUUUUGUAGUAUAUAAUGUUGUAAUUCAAGUUGGCAAAACUUUACAGGGCAAUCAAAAAACUUCCUAAAAUAUUUGAUAUCAGAUAUAAAAAAAAUAAUAUCAAGAAAAUUUCUGUUGAGUAUUUCAUGUAUUUGAAAAAUGUUCAUAAUAUUUGAUAUAGUUCAAGUAACAACCAUUUUGCAAAUAAAAUGUUGAAAAUAU